UUUAUCUCCAAUUGUGUUAAUCGUAUGCUUAGUCACGGAUAUUAUCGCAUUGCCAUCGAAAGACAAUCCAUUGCUUACCACCAUCUGAAUGGCUGUCGAGUUCGUCAAGGGCUGGCACUUGUCUAACGUGUUGGGAGAGGGAGCUUAUGGCGAAGUCCGGCUUUUGGUGAAUAUAGAGACCAACGAAUGUGUGGCCACUAAAGUGAUUGAUGUCCGCAAGUAUCCCAACGCCAAGAAUCAGAUUAAGAAAGAGCCGGACGUAGGAAUGGAUAUGAGUUCUGCGCACAGAUUCUUCGUUCAACUGAUCUCUGGUGUCGAGUAUUUGCACUCAAAGGGUAUAGUCCAUAGAGAUCUUAAGCCCGAAAACCUAUUACUCGAUGACAACGACAAUAUAAAGAUCUCUGACUUCGGAAUGUCGACACUAUUCAGACAUUCAGGGAAAGAGCGUCUCUUGACUCAGAAGUGCGGAACCAGAACCGAUGAGAACAUUGAGUACAUAUUCCUGGAGUACGCCUCUGGAGGCGAGCUCUUCGACAGAAUCGAGCCGGACGUAGGAAUGGAUAUGAGUUCUGCGCACAGAUUCUUCGUUCAACUCAUCUCUGGUGUCGAGUAUUUGCACUCAAAGGGUAUAGUCCAUAGAGAUCUUAAGCCCGAAAACCUAUUACUCGAUGACAACGACAAUAUAAAGAUCUCUGACUUCGGAAUGUCGACACUAUUCAGACACUCAGGGAAAGAGCGACUCUUGACUCAAAAGUGCGGAACCGUUCCCUAUAUGGCGCCCGAGAUAUUCAUUCAUAAGGAAUACCGGGCCGAACCCGCAGACAUGUCUUUNAAGUGCGGAACCGUUCCCUAUAUGGCGCCCGAGAUAUUCAUUCAUAAGGAAUACCGGGCCGAACCCGCAGACAUUUGGAGUUGUGGUGUAAUUCUGGUCACUCUAUUGACGGGUGAACUCCCGUGGGAUAAGCCAGCGCCUGAAUGUAAGGCCUACCGGGACUGGAAGGAGUCACUGAUAACCACUUUCCCCUGGAAUAAAAUUGAUAAUUUGGUUUUAUCAUUGUUUCGAAAGAUAAUGAGUCCAAACGUCACCAAACGAUACACUUUAAGCCAAAUCAAAGCUCAUCAAUGGUUUAAGAAGAAGUUCAUCAAUAGUUUGAGUCAACCGUUUAGUUCACCGCAGUUUAAGAGCAAAAGGCAGUGCACUUCCAGUGCGGACAGUCAUCCUACUGCACUUUGUGUAGACAAAGAGUGUUGGCCGGCGACGACACCUCCUGUACAAGAAUUCGUGAGAAAUGCAGACACCGUUCGGCAGUUCACAGAAUAUAUACCAACGACUCGUCCGACGAAUGACGCGAUUCUUCACAAACACCGACUCACACAACCGGCCGCUGCUGUGGAGGACAUGUUCUUAAGCACUCAAAUGCAGACACCGUUCGGCAGUUCACAGAAUAUAUACCAACGACUCGUCCGACGAAUGACGCGAUUCUUCACAAACACCGACUCAAAGACCACUGAAAGGCGACUGAAACGGGUUUUCGAGAAAAGGAAUUAUAAUUAUAAGACUCCAACGACAGGACAGUUAACGGUUACGACGAAAGACAAGCGGAGAAUGCCUUUAGUGUUCAACGUAUCGGUUAUUGACAUGAAUUCGUGCCAAAUAUUAGUUGACUUCAGACUCACAAAAGGCGACGGAAUUGAAUUCAAACGACAUUUCGUUAGUAUUCGUAAUGAUCUCAAGGAUAUGAUAGUGAAGGGACCGAUCACUUGGCCCCUGGCCUUCGCCACCAACUCAUUGCCCUGACAUUUGGGACCAAUUAGUGAAAUUUUAGCCGAUAAAUAGGUUUCAAAUUAUGUUUUAAUUAAUAAUUGUUUUAAAUGUUAUUUUAAGUCCGAAUUAUGUGAAC